AUAUCUUCGUGUGUUUGUAGAUUUUUAGAUUCUUAGCAUGCUUUUGAUGUUUUUAACAAAUUAUAUGGAAAAAUCCUAUCGGCAAAUUCGGAGCCUUUGAGUUUGCACCUCUGUUUUCCUCAGGCCUGGAGUUCAAGGCUCUUUCUCCAUGGAUCUUGAAAUAUUUAUCCAACCUUUGAUAGAGAAAAUAGAACGGUCUUUUCUUUCGCAAAGUCAGAAGGAAGAAGGUGUCAAACUGUUGAACGUAGCGUUGAAAAAUGCAAAGCAGAAACCUAGAAUGUAUGAGUUGGAGAAGCUUCUGCCUCCCAUUUGGAAGGUGGAGGAUAUCAUUGACACCUUCACAGCCAGAAACAAUAGUGUUCCUUUCAAACCCUUUAUACUUUGGAACAGCCCAGUCAUAUUUCCUAAGCAGUUGCACAAACAGUAUAAGUGUCUCAGGGACUUGAAUGAAAUUCAGAGCAGCUCAGGUGGUACAGCGGUUCAGUCAAAAACUUCAAGUAAAGCAGACAAUCAUGGUGUUCUGGAAGAGAAAUCCUCUAGUAACAUAACUCGUUUGAAGAAGUCCUUGAGUAGGUCUAAAGAUGCUGUAGUCCCACCAAAAAAAUCAAUUACAACUACACGAAUCCCGCCCACUAUUUCAGAGGACAAUCAAGUAUUCACAUCAGGAAACAAGGAUGUUGGCAGGGACAGUAGUGUAUUGAAGGAUGAAGGGCAGCAUCAGAGCUGGGCAAAAACUUCUUGCCAUAGAGAGGAAGGGUCUCUCCCAGUCUUCUGGGAGCAUUUAGUAAGCAAGUUAGCUCAACCAAUCCUGGAUCUUUUCCAAUGCCGUGCCUGGGUUCGUGUUUCAGAGGAGUUUAAAGAAAGUGAUCUUCUAGCUGAGAUUUUGAAACAAGUUACAGAUAACGAGCAGGAAGACGAGCUGAACCCAGAGCCCCUACGAUUGAAGCUUUGUAAUUUCCUAGCUCAGAAGAGGUACCUUAUAGUUUUAUAUGAUGUCUGGACGGCUAAUGUUUGGGACAAGCUCAAGCUUUCCCUUCCCAAUUUGAUGAAUGGUAGCCGGGUGAUUCUAACCAUCCAUGAAGGUGAUGUGGCUCAGCAAACCAAUUCUUGGAUCUUUGGGACAGUCUGUGGAAAAGAGUUGUUACGUGGGAAGGUUUGUAAUCCAAAAGUUAAGCAUAGUUGGGGAAGACUUUCUGAUAUUGUGGCCAAUGUGUCGGACAUUGUUGGACUGGAUGAUAAAUUGAAAGAAUUAGCUGAAGUGGUACUUAACAGUCACCCAUUGCAUUUUCUCAUUUCAGUUGUGGGUGUGGCAGGCUCUGGUAAGACAGCUCUAGUCAAGGCAUUUUACAACAGCUUAGCAGUUAAGCAACAUUUUGACUGCCGAGCUUUUGUUUCUGUUUCUCAAGUGUUUGAGAUAAGAAAACUCUUGGCUGACUUAGCAAUGCAGCUGGGAAUGCUGCAGAAGGAUGAGAGCUGGUCCAAAGAGGACUUGCUACAAAGGCUUCGAAUUUACUUGACUUGGAAAAGAUACCUAAUAGUUUUAGAUGAUGUCCCUACAGCUGAUGUUUGGAGGGAACUCGGUCUUGUCUCUUCAGAUUCAUCAAAACUUGGUCUUGCCUCUCCAGAUUCAUCAAAUGGGAGCAAGGUGAUACUCACUAUUCGUGAAGCUCAUGUAGCUCGCCAUAUUAAUCCACAUACCGGAGUUCUGCAACUACGUUUGCUAAAUGAUGAUGAAAGUUGGGAAUUGUUCAAAAUGAAGGUACCAGGAGUUGUAGAUCAUGCUGGAUUGAUAACUCUCAAAGAUAAAAUUUUGCAAAGAUGUGGCGGCCUGCCUUUUGAUAUCGUUGUACUUGGAGGUUUGCUGUCUACCAUGCCCCUAGACAUUAAGAAAUGGUCUGGAGUCAUUGAGCAAGUCAAUAAGAGAGAAAGAAAAAAGGGGGUAACUGAAAGGUCCUUAGACCAACCAGCUUCCUUACAUACGAAGCAAGAAAAUGAAAAGAAAAAGAUGCAUGCUUUGGCAUCUCAAGAUGACAAUAAGAAUUCUUUAGCAGAUCAACCAAAUUCUUUGGCUCCAGAUGCUUCAUCAGAUACCAAGCUAGAAGAGAAAGAUGGUAUAGGGGAGAUUGAGGAAGUGAGUCCCAGUGAAGCUCAACCAAACUUCUCAGUUCAACAGUCUUGUUUAGAUAAGAAGCAAGAAGUAGAGGUGAAGCAUAUAGCAACUAAUGAAGGUCAGGAAAGUUCUUCAAAUCAAUUGGCUUUAUCAGAUACCAAGAAAAAAGAAGACAGGACAUUGGUGACUGAGACUACUUAUUUUGACCAAGAUCAAUCAGAUACCUCAGAUGAAACACUCCCAAUUAUCUUGGCUUUAGGCUAUCAGCACCUAGAUACCGGUUUAAAGUUGUGUCUUAACUAUUUAGGUCUCUUUCCGAAAUCAUACAGGGUCCCUUUUAGGAGGUUGUUUUUGCUAUUGGUUGCUGAUGGACUGUUGAACCAGUCAACUGAAGAAAGGACUGAAAAUGAUCAAAAAACUGAAAACUCUGGAAGUUCUGAAGCACAGUUGUGGAAAUACCUUGCAGAACUAGAAAGGAGAAACAUGAUUGAGGUAGAAAAACGGAAGUUAGAUGGGAGCCCGAAAACCAUUUUUAUGCGAAGUAAUGUAUAUGAUGCAUUAUCUCAAAGAGCAAUGAGAGUUGGAUUCUUUGGCAUUCACUCCAAAGGGGCCCAAGAAUCCUCCAACACAGCCAAGUUUUUCCGAAGGCUUGUAGACUAUGGAGAGAUCAGCAGUGGCAGCCUUCCAAAUUGUAGCUCUUUCUUGCGUUCUUACAUUUCUUUCCCUGUAACUGUAAACAAUUUCCCUGCAUUUGGAGUAGAAAUAUUUCUCAAGGAUAUUAUUAAGGCAGCUUUUGGGUUACUUGUCAUACUUGAUUUAGAAACUGUCUACCAACCAGUGCUACCCAAACAUCUAAGCAAAUUGCCGAACCUCAAGUAUUUGGGUUUAAGAUGGACUUUUUUGGACAGGAUUCCAGAUUCAGUUGGUGACUUGCCUUGCCUUCAGACUUUGGACGUGAAGCAUACUGAUAUAAGCACUUUGCCUGUUAACCUUUGGAAGGCAAAAAAUCUUCAACAUCUUUACUUGGACGACAUUUUUCUUGAAGUUGAUGGAUCUAUCUCAAAGGCACCAAACACUCAUGGAUCAUUAACUAAUCUGCUGACUUUAUCAGGUCUGAUGAUCCACAAUAAGAGUUCUGUAGCUUAUUUGAAUGCAACAGUGAUGAGUGGUCUUAGAAAACUGGGAGUAAAAUGCUAUGAAGAAUUCACUGAAGAGAUAGUUCGCUGGAUUUCUCAAUUGAGGAAACUUCGAUCAUUGAAGUUGGGGUCAAUAAAAAGAAGUGGCGAAUCUUCACCACUCAAAUUAGCCGACUUCAGAUGUCUUGUUGAGCUAUCUCAGUUGUAUUUGUUUGGACAACUUCCUAAGACAUUUGAUUUUGGAGCAUUUCCCCCAAAUCUAGAGAUCCUUACUUUGUCAGCGUCAAAACUGUUAAAGGACCCAAUGGAAGAACUACAAAGACUGGUGAACCUGAAGAUCCUUAGGCUGUAUGGUGGUUCCUACAUUGGGGAAACAAUGACAUGUCAUCCUGGCAUUCUGCCUCAGCUUCAAGUCUUAAAAUUGUGGAAGCUAGUGGAGCUGAAGGAAUGGAGGGUGGAGGAAGGAGCCAUGCCCGCCUUAGAAGAAGUUGAGAUCAGGUGUUGCAUGAAACUAAAUAAACCUAGUGGAUUGGAGAAGUUGACCACUCUGAAGGACUUGGUUUUGACAAAUAUGGAGGAGGAUUUUGUGAAGGAGGUCAAAGAAAGCAUGGGCAGCAAUGCGUCAAUCAUCAUAGAACAGGACUUGAAGUUUUCUUCUUCCUCUAAAUGAAAUCAUGAAUACAAAUGGAGGCAAGAUCCAAGGGGAUCAACAACAUAUCAUCUCAAAGUAGAAAUUAAGUUUGUGGAGUGAUGUGUUUCAUGGUGUUCAACAGUACGGCUAAGUCUUACCGUAAUUACUUUACCUGAGUGGCUGGGAAAGCAGAGAUUUCCCAAUCCAUUGUUCUAAGCUUUCAUUGUUCUAAUCUUCUUUCUCUAUUUAGUGCAAUUUCCAUAAAUUUGUUUCAGUGAAAUCUUCUGGGAUGGAAGUUAUUUGCAAUUGCUUUUUGUGCUCUUUUUUUUUUUUUUGUGGUUCAUCUAUUUUAUGACGAUCUAUGUAAAAUGGUGAUUUGUACCCAGACAUGUCAGAUCUAUGUUAUGGAUUGAGUUGUGUAUUCUUGUGUGAACAGCUUAAACCUGCAAUUUUUAGGGUUUAAACAGAGCCAGGUUGUUUAUUUAUCAUGUGAAUUUGCUAGAACUAUUUAAUUGAACUUGUGGAAUUUUUCUGCCAUGGCAGUAAUACUUAC